GGGAAACAUUGGCCUCAUCUGUUUUAUCUCUGUCCUCUGCACUCCAUCCCUCAACUGGAGUACUCUUGCUCUUGCGCUUGCUCUUGCUCUUGCUUUUGCUCAUCUCUUUUUUAUGGACUAGUGAGUACUCGCUAAGACCUCCCUCUGGUCAGUAGCUCGCUAAGCCUUUUGCUUAAUUAAUUCUCAGCUUUGCUUUGAGAAGAGGAGGAGGAGGAGAUAUCAUGGGGAGGGGGAAGAUUGAGAUAAAGAAGAUAGAGAACCCAACCAACAGACAGGUGACUUAUUCCAAGAGGAGGACAGGGAUCAUGAAGAAGGCGAGGGAGCUCACGGUGCUGUGUGAUGCUGAGGUUUCCAUAAUCAUGUUCUCCAGCACCGGCAAGUUCUCUGAUUACUGCAGCCCUUCUACUGACACCAAAACUAUGUUUGAUCGUUAUCAGCGAGUGACCGGGAUCAACUUGUGGAGUGCACAGUAUGAGAGAAUGCAGAAUAAUUUGAACCAUCUCAAAGAGAUUAACCACAAACUUCGCAGAGAAAUAAGGCAAAGGAUGGGAGAAGAUCUUGAUGGGAUGGACAUCAAGGAACUGCGCGGUCUUGAGCAAAAUCUGGAUGAGGCAUUGAAGGUCGUUCGUCAUAGAAAAUAUCAUGUGAUCAGCACUCAAACAGAUACCUACAAGAAGAAGGUUAAGAACUCCCAAGAAACUCACAGGAACUUACUGCAUCAACUGGAGAUGAAAGAGGAGCAUGGAGGUGUUUGCAGGUACGUGGAAGAUAUUGAUGAUGGAGGGCAGACUGAUCCCAUGUACACGUACAGGGUUCGACCCAACCAGCCAAACCUUCAGGCCAUCAGAUCAUAUGCAUCUCAUCAUGAUUUACGUCUCGCUUGAUAAGUCAUCGAUCCGAUCCAUUUAACUCUCUCUCUAAAUAUAUACAAUUAACUCCAUCAGUUUCGC